UCCUUUUUCUUGAAAUCACAAUGAAACACCAAAAACUACACACAGCGUUCCUUUCAAAUCUUCUAAUACUAGUAACUAUCUUACUCCUUUCAACAAAAUGGACCAUAGCACAAGAAGUUGAGAAUGAGACUGAAUUUGAUUACAUAAAAGGGAGCAAACAUGGUCCUUCACAUUGGGGAGAAUUGCAUAAAGAAUGGGCAGCAUGUAACAAUGGAAAAAUGCAAUCUCCAAUUGAUAUGUCAGAUCCGAGAGUGAGCAUUGUUCCAAAUUUAGAAAUAUUAAAGUGGAAUUAUAAGCCACAAAAUGCUACUAUCAAAAACAGAGGUCAUGAUAUUCAGGUGAAAUGGGAGGGAGAUGCAGGAUCAAUAAAUGUUAAUGGAACAGAAUAUUUUCUACAUCAAGCACACUGGCAUUCACCUUCUGAACAUACUAUCAAUGGUAGAAGGUAUGAAGUGGAGCUACACUUAGUACAUGAAAGCACAAAAGUAAAUGGGAAAAGCGAAAUUGCUGUUAUUGGCAUUCUAUAUAAGAUUGGUGAACCAAAUUCUAUUCUCACUGAGUGGUCAAAGUACAUAAAACUCAUGCUCAAUACGGAAGCGCAAAUUAGUAUUGGAGUGGUUGAUCCCUCGCAUAUACAUUUUGGUGGAAGGAAAUAUUACAGAUACAUUGGCUCUCUCACUGUCCCUCCUUGCACCGAAGGUGUCAUUUGGAUUAUCAAUAAAAAGCUAAGAUUUGUGUCUGUAGAACAAGUGAAGUUACUUAGAGAGGCUGUUCAUGAUCAUGCAGAGAAGAAUGCUAGACCCUUGCAACUUCUGAAUAGAAGAAAGAUAGAACUCUUUGACCCGAAAAAGAAGGAAUGA